AUGGUUGAUCCAAUUUUGAAAGACAAAGAAGGUAGAGUAAUUAAGACAAUGUGGUAUCACAAUGACAUUGAUGGAAUUGCUGAUAGACCAAAGAAGAACGAACACAUAGCCGCGUGGCUAAAAGACUUGUACAAGAGCGUUCAUGGCAGCGUUAUGCCUAAAAGCCAAAACAUGGAAGCAAGCAUUGACAAGGGGAUGGAUAAACAUAUUGUGAUAUACUCAUGUAGCAAAAUAUUCAAAUCGCAAAAUGCUCAGUGUGAAAGAGAACUGGAUAAUGACACAUACAACGUUUCUCUCCCCUGUGCAAGUGUUUCCUCACGCCUUUCUUCUAAAAGAUCACGUGCUUUGCUCCGCUCACUAAAAUGUGAUGGAAGUGGCAAUGUGUUAGUUCUGAGCCUAAACCCUAAACACAUUCCUGCUUGUCUGGUGUGCCUCGACUAUCAGUUCCAUGAGAAUACAGACCAACUGGUUGAAGUGGGUGAGAAACACGUGGAACUCGCUGAACUGGCCUUGCAAAACUGCAGGGAUUAUGACCAAGUUCAGGCCAUUCAUCUCCCACAAUCUGCACACAGGUGUCGCACACCACACUACCCAGGGCCUGCCUUGGCUGGUGGCUCUUCUGGACAGCAGGGAACUUUGAGACCACUCCCCGAGGACCCAGGGCGCCCCAAGAGACAGCGGGUUGGAAGCCGGUACAGAGUGGACAGAAGUAGAGACGGCGGGAGCUGCGGGUGGCGGCAGCAGCGCCCAGGGUCCGUGGCCCUCGGGUCCUCUGGGCUGCGGGACGCAGAGACUUUCAGGAGGAGCGCGAGCGUCCCCCCUCCCCUCCUGCCUCCACGCGGGGCGCGCCGGGAUCGGGGGCAGGGGGGUGGUGGUGGUCCGAGAGCGCCCCCCUCUCCCACGCGGGCCUCGCGGGGCGGUGAGUCAAGGCCGGGAGCCGAGCCGCUCUCCCCGGCAGACCCGACCGAGGCGCGGGCGGCGGCGCGCAGGACGGGGAUCCGAGACGCGCUCCCGCCGCCCCAGCUGCGCCGCGCUCCCGGCCACAAGUUUGCCCCGCGUUGGCCAAGUUGCGAGUGGGGAGCCUCUCCGGGCUCCGGGGUGAGCGUCCGUCUUCUCGCUCGGGCUGGUCCGGGCAUGGCCGGGCCGGGAGCGUCGCCCCACGUCUGGGGGUGGCUGCUGCUCGGAGGUUGCCUUCUCGUCGGAGCCCAGGUCAUUUUAUUUUCAAAACAACACAUUGACUGUGAUGCUGAGCACAAUAUUUAUUGUGAAUGUCCACAAGUACUCACCAUCCCUGAGCCUCUUUCCUCAUGUGCAAUGGAAACCUUGAAAGAAUGGUGUCUGGAAGAAAUGAGACAACAGGUGCAAAAGCCAAAGCACGUCCAGUGUCUGUGCUCAAUGGGCAGCUGCUUCAUUUAGAGAGAGAGCCUUUCUCGUUAUACAUACUCAUCUAGGUACUUAAAAAGAAAAGGUGAAAGAUGAUUAAGACAUGUCCCCAGCUUUGGAAGAAUCCACAAUCUAGCAGAUGGGACAGAAAACCAAUCAGAGCAUUAGAGUAAAGCAGAUAAGUGCCAGGAGGGAGUGUAUAUACAAAGUGCUGUGGGGAUGUGGGACAGAAGAUUGCUUUAGCUUCAGGCAAAGUCAAAGAGGUUUUAAAGGAAUGAUGUUUCACAAAUCAAUGUGAUACAUCACAUUAAUAAAAGAAAAGAUAAGAACCAUAUGAUCCUGUCAAUCGAUGCAGAAAAAGCAUUUGACAAAAUUCAGCAUCCUUUCUUAAUAAAAACCCUCAAAAAAGUCGGGAUAGAAGGAACAUACUUAAACAUCAUAAAAGCCAUUUAUGAAAAGCCCACAGCUAAUAUCAUCCUCAGUGGGGAAAAACCUGAGAGCUUUCCCCCUGAGAUCAGGAACACGACAAGGAUGUCCACUCUCACCGCUGUUGUUUAACAUAGUGUUAGAAGUGCUAGCGUCAGCAAUCAGACAACAAAAGGAAAUCAAAGGCAUCAAAAUUGGCAAUGAUGAAGUCAAGCUUUCACUUUUUGCAGAUGACAUGAUAUUAUACAUGGAAAACCCGAUAGACUCCACCAAAAGUCUUCUAGAACGGAUACACGAAUUCAGCAAAGUCGCAGGAUACAAAAUCAAUGUACAGAAAUCAGUUGCAUUCUUAUACACUAAUAAUGAAGCAACAGAAAGACAAAUAAAGAAACUGAUCCCAUUCACAAUUGCACCAGGAAGCAUAAAAUACCUAGGAAUAAACUUAACCAAAGAUGUAAAAGAUCUGUAUGCUGAAAACUAUAGAAAGCUUAUGAAGGAAAUUGAAGAAGAUAUAAAGAAAUGGAAAAACAUUCCGUGCUCAUGGAUUGGAAGAAUAAAUAUUGUUAAAAUGUCAAUACUACCCAAAGCUAUCUACACAUUUAAUGCAAUCCCAAUCAAAAUU